AUGGCAGUAGAAGAUCAAGAAGAAAGAACGCCUGAGACCACAAGCCAUUCAGAACCCAGUACGUCAAACGCGGGAAAACCUGUGGUGCCACUGAAUGCACCAUUCCCUAGACGUCUAAUGAAGAAUAAUGAUGAACAACAAUUCAAGCGCUUUCUUGAGCUCUUCAGGCAAUUGCAUAUCAACAUUCCACUUGUAGAGGCCCUAGAGCAAAUGCCAACAUAUGUCAAAUUUUUAAAGGACAUUUUGACAAAGAAAAGAAGAGUCAGUGAGUGUAACGCGUUAGUAAGCAACAAUCUACCCAAGAAACAAAAGGACCCUGGGAGCUUCACAGUUCCUUGCUCGAUCGGAGGGUUGGAUGUGGGACAUGCGUUGUGCGAUUUGGGAGCCAGCAUUAAUCUCAUGCCACUCUCAAUCUUUAAGAAACUGGGAAUUGGUGAAGUACAACCCACUUCGGUUACUCUUCAGCUCGCUGACAGAACAAUUAAGUACCCUGAAGAAAGAUUGAAGACAUUCUAG